AUGAAGCAGCCAAUUCUCCUUGUCGCAUCGCUGCUGGCCGCUCUCCCAGUCAGCGCCGAUGGCAUCUAUACUAAGAAAUCACCCGUGCUGCAGGUAAACCACAAGACAUAUAACCAGCUAAUCGCUGAUUCCAAUCAUACAUCGAUCGUAGAAUUCUACGCCCCCUGGUGUGGCCACUGCCAAAACCUCAAACCAGCCUAUGAGAAAGCAGCCAAGAACCUAGACGGCCUGGCCAAAGUCGCAGCCAUCAACUGCGAUGAUGACGACAACAAGCCUCUCUGCGGCCGGAUGGGCGUGCAGGGUUUCCCAACCCUCAAGAUCAUGACUCCGUCCAGGAAAUCAGGGAACCCUACGGUGGAAGACUACCAGGGUGCGCGGAGCGCAAAGGCGAUUGUCGACGCGGUUGUGGAUAGGAUUCCGAACCAUGUGAAGAGGCUUACGGACAAGGAUUUGGAUGCGUGGGUUGAGAAGGAUGAGGAGCCGAAGGCAAUUCUGUUUACGGAGAAAGGGACUACUAGUGCUCUUAUUCGAGCUAUUGCGAUUGACUUCCUUGGGUCAAUUAAGGUUGGGCAGGUCCGCAGUAAGGAAACCGGUGCGGUUGAGAAGUUUGGUAUUGAGAACUUCCCUACGCUCGUGCUGCUUCCUGGUGGUAAUAAGGAGCCUAUUGUCUACGAUGGCGAGUUGAAAAAGAAGCCAAUCGUCGAGUUCCUUGGCCAGGUCGCCGCACCAAACCCGGAUCCCGCUCCUGCAAAGGCCAAGGCCAAGUCAUCUUCCAAGUCCAAAUCCAGCAAAUCCGCAGAGACUCAGUCUUCGACCGUCUACGAUGACGAAGCAGAGAAUCUCAAACCAACCGAAUCCCCAGACCACAAGGUCAUCCCGGACGACGCCAAAGAAUCCAAACCCGCCAGCGUCCCCAUCAAAACACCCGAGAUCAAAACCCUUCCCACAAUCGAAAUCCUAGAGUCCCUCUGUCUGGGACCCAAAUCCGGAACCUGUGUCCUCGCUCUUCUCCCAGAGCCUAAGGACCCUGACUCCGACCUCCCUAACCCGGCACAAACAGCUGUGUUAAGUCUGUCUGACAUCGCGCACAAACACGCCCAGCGCCAAAGCAACCUCUUCCCGUUCUACAGUGUCCCGGCUAUUAAUACCGGUGGCAAGACUUUGCGCGCUGAAUUGAGAUUGCCAGGGGCUACGGAGACGGUUGAGAUUAUCGCGGUGAAUGGCCGGAGGGGUUGGUGGAGGAGGUAUGAUAAUUCCGAAAGCCAGGACUUUAGUGUUGUGUCUGUUGAGAAGUGGAUUGAUUCUAUUCGGUUGGGUGAUGGGAAGAAGGAGAAGUUGCCGGAGGGAGUUGUUGCUGGGAAAGAGGAUGAGCAUGACGAGCUGUAA